UCUGGGACCUCGCCGGCAAAAUGAGCGCUGUGGGCGCGUGCCCUGCAUCGAGCUCUUCCAGCCCUUUUCCACCCAUUUCGAACUCCUUGGCUCCCGCCUAGGAAAAUGUUCCCUGGAGUGGACGUUGCAGACAAGGCAGCUGGGCUGCUGGCAGAGCCCGGGCAUGGUUUGCAUCGGGCUUUGGCCUUACCGGGGGAACGAAGGGCUCUAGCGGGGAGUUGGGCUCCAGCAGCGAUCUGCAGGAGGGCUCCUCGUCUCCAGGGAGCAGAGCUAGCGAGAGCAGCGUACACACAAUAUUUUGGAAACAAACAGAUGGCUUGUCGAGACUUGGACGGCGAAGGCAGCGCUUGAAAGCCGGGCGGCAGAAAUACCUUGAUGCUGCUUUGGAGAGCAGGAGGCUGACGUGGCCAGGUGUGGCGAGGGGCGGGCGCCCGUGGCUGCGCGGGCACCGAGCUGGGCUCCGCGAUGCCUGCGUCACAGCCGCCGAGCAGCUCCGGCACCGAGCAGCUCCUGCUUUCGGAGCUGCCUUCAGCGAGGAGCAUGAGCGACGGCUGCCUGGGAGCCAGCGAGGAGAGCGUGAAGGUGCUGAGGCUGACGCUGCCGAAUGACCUGCCAGGUGACAGGCAGGUGAAGCAGAAGCCGGUGGGAAAAGCCUUCGCCAUGGUGGCCAACAGGUCGAGCAACGGUCACUCGCUGGCGUCCGAGUGCAUCAAGUCCAACGACGGCGAUGAGGAGAUCAUCAAGGUUUAUCUCAAGGCGAGGGCCGAGGGCGGUGUGAACCACGAGGAGCACGUCAGCCAGCUGAAAAGUGAAGUUCGUUACAUCCAAGAGGCUAGAAGUUCUUUGAAGAAGCUGCGGGAAGACUUAAGUAGUAAACUUGAGAACAGACAAGGAGAUAAACAGCACGCACAGGUGGUGCUGGAGAAGCAGAACGGGAGCUGGCUGCACCCCGAGAGUCCCCACGCUGAUUCCUGGGAGGACCAGGAGGAGGAUUACUCGGGAGACGACGUGGAGAAGAUCCGGCAGACAGCAAAAAGGCUGUUCACGAAGCUGCAGGAGGCUGAGAGGCGCCAUCAGUUGGAGAAGAAGGACCUUGAGAGGGUGGUCUCGCAGUACCAGGAGGAAGCCGAGCAAACGAGCUCUGCCCUGCGGAGAGCGGAGAAGAGCGUGCUGGAGAAGGAGGUGCAGGUGGACGAGCUGCAGCGGCUGCUGGCAGGGAUGGAGAAGGAGCACAGGAGCUUGCUGCUGAAGAUGAAAGAAGGCGAAGCGGAGCUGGCGAGGCUGAGAAGCGCGGAAGGUGACAGACUCGCCGAACAAGACCGGUCGGCCAAGCUGGAGAAGGAGGUGGCCAUGCUGCGGGAGAAGAUCCACCACCUGGACGACAUGCUGAAGAGCCAGCAGCGCAAGGUCCGCCAGAUGAUCGAGCAGCUCCAGAACUCCAAAACGGUGAUUCAGGCCAAAGAUGCUGUGAUCCAGGAGCUCAAGGAGAAGGUCGCUUACUUGGAGGCUGAGAACCUGGAGAUGCACGACCGCAUAGAGCACUUGAUUGAGAAGCAAGUGAGUCGGGGCGGCCACAGCUCCAGGGCACGCUCCAAGUCGGAGUACGUGAGCAGCAAAAGGCUGUCGGGCCCCAAGCCGCUGCCUCUCAUUCGAGUGGUGGAAACAUGAGCUUGGAGGGCCAGAGCGAGCUGAAGACUCUCCCCUUGUUAUCCUUGACCGGACUUCCCUGCUUGACUGCCGUUUUCUGGCCUCUGUGCUCAGUCUGCCCUGGAGCCGCCAGCAGAGAGCUGUGCCCCCGAGCACCGUGGCACCCGAGGACAGACACAGCCGGGGCGGUGCUGGCAGAGGAAGGAGAUCUACGAGGUGUCCACGCUGCUGUCCCACGGGGUCCCACGGCCAUGUGGAGGCCAGUCUGGAUGCUGGCUUGGCUAGGGAGGCCAGGGCCAGCUGGCCCCGGCGUGGACGAGGUGGCUCCCUGGCUCGCUUUCCCUGCCCAGUCCUGGGUUUGCCGGGGCUGCUCCGUGAGCAGCCGUUGCUUCUGAAGGGUCUUGUCCAAACAGCGCCGCCUCUUCAGAUUGCAGCUUGCCACUGAGGACUUGGUGUUCAAUCUGUUUUUAAGAAACAAAGCAAAGAUUCACGCUUACAAAGAAGAAAGAAAUCCUCCUGAAGCAGGACUCCUUCCUACAAAACAAGCCCAAUGUGUGACCAGUUGGGAGCCUCCACCUCCGAUCUCCAGCACGUCUGGCUGCUCCGGACUUGGCAAAGGUUCGUGUGGCCGAAAUCACUGUAUCGACAUGCUUCUCCCAGUCCCUCUCUCAAGAGUGUAGAGAAAUUGUGCCCCAUGUACAUCUAGUGUUUAAACCCAGAGGUGGUUUGGUUUGUCCCUGUAUUUAUUUCAAUAAAUUAUUGGUGUCUUCCAAGGAUGUGGUGACAGGCACGAUGGCUGCUGUCCAGCUCCAGGGGAGCGUGUUUGAGGACUGCCUGUCCCACGUUUGAACUGGAAAAUACCAACCAGCUUCCU